AUGAAUCCAAGCGAAAAUGAAGAUACCCUGAAAGAUUUGGGCGUUGAACUAGUUUCUCAAACAGCUUUGGAAGGUCAAAUAGAAACCAACGCGCAGAGUCUUAUAGACAAGCAAGCGUUAAGUCAAGAACAUAAAAGGCUGGAGCGAAGUCUAAAUGCUCUGGGUAAACUUCAUACCAGGCAAGAAUUGCUGAAGCGGAAGCUUAAGACUGCUACGAGAAUCACAGCCAAGGCGAAGAUCCAAGAGCAAGUUAACGAUCUCGUUACGUCUGAGAUUGAACCACUGCGAAAAGACAUACUAGAUAUCAGAAAGCGUAUAGAAGAACUUUCUGAUUCUAAGGUUCCCGGGGAACAGGAAAAAAGUCCCACUGACAGACAACCUGGCGAGUCCGAACAGGAUUAUUUGAUACGUAUCGGUAAGAAAACAGCUUUUGGUACGCAGUCUGAGUUCAUAUUAGACAAAAGCGAUAACCAGAUUCUAGAAGUGCCUGACGAUGAUGAUGACUAUCAAAGCGAUGAAGCGGUUAUCUCCGAUUUCGAGUACGAUGAUGGCGGUGAUAGCGGCGCGGCCGAGGAUUCUAAUCCUGGCAGGGAAAUGCAAAAAAAUGCAGGAUUUGUUGAUGAUGGUGACGAACUGAAUUAUAGACUGAGGCUCAAGAAAUGGAUUCGCCAAAGAAGCCAGAAAAGACAUGAAGACAGGAAUCCAAAACUUGAAGAAUAUCUUAAGCCUAAUCCUUGCAUCCCCGAUGCUAGACUCAAUGAUGAUUUCAAAAUACCGGGAGAAAUUUUUCAGUCGUUAUUUAACUAUCAAAGAACAUGCGUUCAAUGGUUGUAUGAAUUAAACCAACAGCAGUGCGGCGGUAUCAUCGGCGAUGAGAUGGGACUAGGAAAAACAAUUCAGAUAAUAGCUUUUCUGGCUUCCUUGCAUCACUCAAAUCAACUGGAUGGGCCUGUACUCAUAGUAUGUCCUGCUACAGUGUUGCGUCAGUGGUGCAAGGAAUUCCACACCUGGUGGCCACCUUUUAGAACUAUGAUUUUACAUUCCAUAGGUUCCGGCAUGACUCAAAAGGAGAAUCUCAGUGAAGAAAAGCUUGAAGAACUCUUGAUGAAAUCAGAACCCGAGCAAUUCUCCUUCGACGCUUACACAAACACUAAAAAAACGAAAAGUACAGUAGAAAGUGGUAUGGCUCGCGAUACCUUGAUAAACAAGGUAAUUACUGAUGGCCAUGUACUGAUAACUACAUACGUGGGCCUUCGAGUACACUCUGAUAAACUACUGAAUGUUCGUUGGAGCUACGCCGUUUUAGACGAGGGGCAUAAGAUUAGGAACCCCGACGCAGACAUCUCCCUUACAUGUAAGCAAUUAAAGACAAAAAAUAGAAUCAUUCUGUCAGGCACACCCAUUCAGAAUAAUUUGACCGAAUUGUGGAGUCUUUUUGACUUCAUAUUCCCAGGAAGACUUGGCACUUUACCUGUAUUCCAGCAGCAAUUUGCAAUUCCCAUAAACAUGGGUGGCUAUGCCAAUGCCACUAAUGUGCAAGUGCAGACGGGCUACAAGUGUGCCAUAGCGCUUCGCAACUUAGUAUCACCUUACUUGCUGCGGCGAAUCAAGGCUGACGUUGCUAAAGACUUGCCGAAAAAAAACGAGAUGGUUCUAUUUUGUAAGCUGACAACUUAUCAACGAGAUAAAUACCUGCAAUUCCUUAAUUCAGACGACCUGGUCAAAAUAAAAAACGGGAAACGACAAGUAUUGUUUGGUAUCGACGUUCUGAGGAAAAUUUGCAAUCAUCCAGAUAUGCUGGUAAGAGAUAGAAUGCAACAUGAAGUCUCGUAUGGAGACCCCAGACGAUCUGGGAAGAUGCAAGUUGUUAAACAACUUCUGAAGCUGUGGCAUAAUCAAGGAUUCAAGACUUUGUUGUUCGCUCAGACACGACAGAUGUUGGACAUCCUGGAAAAAUUCUUCAAUAAUGACUCAGAUUUAAUGGUACUGAACUACCUACGAAUGGAUGGCAGCACAAGCAUAGCUUCUCGGCAUGCUCUUGUAGAUUCUUUUAAUAAUGGGCCCUACGACGUUUUCUUACUUACCACCCGAGUCGGCGGACUUGGGGUGAAUUUGACAGGCGCCAAUAGGAUCAUAAUUUUUGAUCCUGACUGGAAUCCAUCAACUGACAUGCAAGCUCGUGAGCGAGCUUGGCGGAUAGGUCAAAAAAGAGAAGUUUCCAUUUAUAGGCUCAUGAUUGCGGGUUCGAUUGAGGAGAAGAUUUAUCACCGGCAAAUCUUCAAGCAAUUCUUAACGAACAAGAUCCUAACAGAUCCGAAACAGAAACGUUUUUUCAAAAUGAACGAGCUUCAUGACCUAUUCACUUUGGGAGGGGAAUCGGGGCUUUCAAAUGAAACUCUCCAAAGCGAGGUGCAGAGAGAAACAGAAAGUAUCAAAAAGGCUAAAACGGAAGAGGGUGACGAUUUCGAGGAAGUAAUUCAACUUUCCGGGGUUUCCAAGCUAGAGGGCUUUUACAGUGGGAAAGACAAAGACGAACAAAGUAAAAACGAAGAAGAUCGUCUGAUGGAUGGCCUGUUUGGCGGUAGCGUCGAAGGCGUUCAAAGUCACAAUUCUGUAAUAGAAAACCAUUCAAAACCUUCGGAAGAUAUUAUAGCAAAAGAAGCUACACGAGUAGCGGAAGAAGCGGUAGCUGCUUUGAGAAAGUCAAGGAAAAUAACAAAAAGAUUUGAUGUUGGUACACCAACUUGGACCGGAAAGUUUGGGACUGCUGGGAAGGUAAGAAAAAAACAAAACCCAGGGGCUUCCUUGGGAUCCUCUACCAUCCUAUCAAACCUGCGUAAGAAAAAAGAGAUUGAUGAGAGCACCUCACUCUCAAAGAGUCGUGAUAGUUCCGAGACUAUUUCCAAGAUUCUGUCAUAUCUCAACGAACAACCUGACUUAGCAGCUAAAUCUGCUCAAAUUGUGCAUCAUGUGGGCUUUCAACUAUCUGUCAAAGAAGAUGUGAUCAAAAUACGAGCGUUACUAAGGCAGAUAGCGACAUUUCAGUCAGAAGAUGGGCGCUGGGUAUUGAAAGACGAAUUUAAGAGCUAG